AUGCGCAUUGUCUCCUGUCAUCUUGGCAUAUCUCCCUGGUCAGAGCAGGGGUAGUAUUUUCCUUCAGCACCGCAGUCUCGGAGAGGUGAUUGUAUCUAACAAUGGGGAACAGAGACGACGAAUACGAUUUCUUGUUCAAAGUUGUACUAAUCGGAGACUCUGGAGUGGGGAAGAGUAACCUGCUGUCCCGUUUCACAAGAAAUGAGUUCAACCUGGAGAGCAAGAGCACCAUCGGUGUGGAGUUUGCCACCCGCAGCAUCCAGGUGGACGGCAAGACGAUAAAGGCUCAAAUAUGGGACACAGCUGGACAGGAACGCUACAGAGCAAUCACUUCAGCGUAUUACCGAGGUGCAGUAGGAGCCCUCCUGGUUUACGACAUCGCCAAGCACCUGACGUAUGAGAACGUAGAACGCUGGCUGAAGGAGCUGAGGGACCACGCUGACAACAACAUUGUCAUCAUGCUGGUUGGAAACAAGAGCGACCUCCGCCACCUCAGGGCAGUGCCCACUGAUGAGGCUCGAGCCUUUGCAGAAAAGAACACUCUCUCAUUUAUUGAGACAUCAGCGUUGGACUCCACAAAUGUAGAAGAAGCCUUUAAGAACAUUUUAACAGAAAUCUACCGCAUCGUGUCACAGAAGCAGAUAGCAGACAGAUCUGCACACGAUGAGUCUCCAGGCAACAAUGUAGUGGACAUUAGUGUCCCACCAACCACUGACGGGCAGAAGGGCAACAAACUCCAGUGCUGCCAGAGCCUGUGACACUCAACCCCAUGACACUCAUCCUCUCCUCCACAUCCACCUUGACAUCACAUCACCUGUGCACUUUCUAUUCCCGUAGCUCUGCUCACGGCCAACUCCUCCUUCACUCUAUACUUUGUUUCUUUCUACCUUUCAUUCUGUUUUAUAUAAUACUUUUGAACUCACUCGUGCUCUUCUCUUCUGCCAUGAAUGAAAACAAGAAGCCUUUAUGUCACUUGGUUAGUCGAGUUGUUCAUGGAGUCAAUGUGAAGGUUCCUGCAAUGCAGGAACGAGGCAGCUGUCGCUGUCAUAAUGAAGCCUAUGAAGUUGUUUGAACUCUACUGAAACGCUGUCAUGCACAGGGAGGUUGUGACAUACAUUUCAACGGUUACCACUAGAUGGUGCUGCUUAAAUUAACCACAGGCAGUUACUCCAACCCAGUGAAGCAGUAUUAUGCCUUUUGACAGUGUGGUUCUUACAUUCUUCUUACAUCAGUUAAGUUAUGCCAAAAAUAUCCUCAUUAGGUAUUUAUUGAAGAAUAUUUGGCUUAAGUUGUCAUUGUUUUACUUUCAGUUUAAGAACUGUAAAAAUUUACAAUAAAAUUCUUGACAAAAGUUGUGUGUUGUAUUAAUAUAUUCUCCAUUUGAGGUACUUGGAUCAUAAUUGAGUACCUCAAUUUCUUGGUAUUCAUUAUCCAUACUCCACUACAUGUAAGAGGUAAAUAUUGUACUUUUUACUGUGCUACAGUUAUCUUACAUCUAUAGAUACUUUUUAGAUUAAGAUUUUACAUGUAAAACAUGAUGAAUUUAUAGAGCAUGCUGCAGUGUUAGAGUAACCAGACCAUUACCAUAUAAAGUUGGCUCAACCUUGACAGGAAUAAAAUGCUGCUUACAUGUUCAUGCAUCAGUAAUGAUAAUCAAAUAAUUAACAUUAGAAAUAUAAUAUUUCGAAUUAGGCUAUUCAGCAUACUGAAUACUUUUGAUUUUUUAAGAACCUUUAGCUCAUAACAGUUAUAUAUUUUUACUUAACAUAAGAUUUUGAAUGCAGUGUUCUUCUUUAUAGUAUUGUCAUACUGUGGUAUUGCUACUUUAAGUAAAAAAAGCUCAGUACUUUUUUCCAUUACUGUGAAGUUGGGGUGAGCAUUUUGGUUAAGAAGUGAAGAGGCGAGUUGUCUAGAUAACUGCCAAAUAAAAAAAAAAAAAGAAAUUGUAAAUGUCAUUAAAUUUGGAACAUGAUUGAGUAAUUCCCGAGCCAGCAUGAUGGCACUAAUUUCAAGGUUAUGGUGCAGUACACAAAAGGUUUACAAGUGUAGGCAACAUAGGUAAGUAGACAGGCUGAACCUGUCCUCAUUCAAAUCACCAAUCCAAUCAAGACCCACUGGAAGCAUCCCAGCAUUUCUAGUGUUUUUUUUUGUUGUUGUUUUUUUGUUUUCUGUGAGUCUGCCUCCUUCCUGGAGGGCAGAGACUGACAUUAAUAAUGUUUUUCUAACUAAGCUGCUUACAUUUGCCAAAUGCAGUGAAUAGGACGAGGAGACUGUGACUCUCCAGAGAUACAGUAGCAAAACUUGACACCAGCGGUUAUUUUUCCUCAGGAUUAAGAGCUACAAAGAGCCGUGGUCAAAAACAGACUUACAGUAAUGACGUCUCAUCCUCACUGGGCUAAGAGGAUGAUCUGGAAACAGCUAUAUUAUACGAAUCACAUCAUCUACACUGUAAUGGUGAAGCUAUCUAAACAAAACAAAUCAACUGAAUUAAUGUUCAGCCAUAAUUU